AUCAGCGUUUAAUUGCGUGUGUCUUAAUAGAAAAAAAUAGCUGAUUUCCAAAUUAUACAUCAAAGUAUGACCUCGUCUAGUUCAGGAGAGUCCUUCGUAUAAAUGCACUGGUGUGUGUAUGUGUGUGUGAGUGUUAUUGCUAGUUAUCUCUCUCUCUCUCUCUCUCUCUCUCUCUCUCUCUCUCUCUCUCUCUCUCUCUGUCAGUAGUUGCACAGGUCUUCAAGGGUAUUUUUACGGUUUUAGUGACAGAUUAACAACAUUUCUACAUUAAUAACAGGAGAAACACCAUUGAAAACCCUGAUAAUCAUCUUUAUAGCUUUGAAAAACAGUCGUGAGGAGAGAGAGAGAGAGAGAGAGUAGGAGCAUUCCAGUUGAGCCUAUUCUGCCCUGGUUCGUGUUUGCUGCGGUGACACGGUGCCGCACUGAGUGAAGAUUGCGUUUAUAAUCACUUAUCGGGGGUGGAGUGGGGAAAGGAGAGUCAGGAAGUGAGGAUAUUUAUAUUAUUUGACAUAUUAUUUGAUAGCAUGUCAACUUUUGUGUGUGUGUGCGUGUGUGUGUGUGUGUGGGUGGGUGUUGGAUCAGUGACAGGUGGCGCUGGGGAGUUACCACGGCGAGCGGCUGGCUGGCUGCAGUGUUUUGGUCAGCACUGGUCAAUCUUGCCCUACACGCUCUAUUAACCAGUGUUUCCGUCUUCCCGACACCUUCUUCCUGCACCAAGCACCGUCAAGCAUCACCAGAGAGGCACGAGUACGUAAGCUAUCCAACAUCAGAACAGUAUAUGAAUAUGGCAAAUGCUGUUUUGACAUCAUUUCCUGCCAUCCUGAGAAACAGUGAUCUCAAGGAGCAUGAAUUGCAGCUGCAAUGGAAAUUGCACAUCCAGCACAAGUUUCAGAAUUCAAGAAAGAGGCAGGAUUCCUCAUUGACUGAGGUGACGUCAAGGAAAAAGAAGAUCCCUUGCAUAGUGCCAAAAGAGACUACAUGUCCACUGAUGUAUGGAGUAAAGGCUUACCUUCCACCAAGGCCCCAUUCAGAAGAUGAUGAGUCAUUAGAGAGACAUAGACAGUGGCUUGCUCUACAUUGGAUGAAGAAAGAUCCCGAGUUAGAUAAGAUAAUCAAGGAGUUCCUGAGAUUAGAACCACAAGUGGAUGAACCAGACCUAAGAGUAGCAGUUUUGAAAGGGCUGGAGAAAUAUAGGCUCCCAAUAAUUGCCAUUCUCAAAAAAAGAAAAGCAGUUCCUCUGUAUAUGGAAACCUUACUUGAACUCUAUGACCACGAUGAAAGUCAAUAUGCUUGCUUAGUUAUAUUGGGGUUACUUCACCUGCUUGGAGAAAGGAAAGACUCCAUUUUUGCUAAGGUACCAGAAGAAGAACUAAGAACAGGGCAGUCUAGUGUGUAUUUGAUGGUGCACCUGUAGCUGAACCAACAUGUAUUUCUAUGGCUGUAGUCUCAUUGGUAGCAGGGCUUUGUGUUUAAUAUUGAACACCCAAAAAUUUGUGAACAUUUCCUCCAUUUCACAACAUCCCAUCUCUUAGGUAUCAAGUAUGACAAAGGUAACACUUCAAAAACAAGAUCUCUACUUGUAAAACUCAAUGAAGUAAAGACAGAAUUGAGCUACAAAAAUGCAUAAAUCUACUUCCAAA